AUGGCAUUUACCUUAAAAGAGCGUCAACUUAUGGGUAUUCAUGGAUUAUUACCCCCAGCAUUGUUAGAUCAAGAUGGACAAGUGUAUCAGGUGAUGCAGAAUUUCAAUCGUUGGACCAAUGAUCUAGAUCGCUAUAUUUAUUUAAUGUCGUUACAAGACAGAAAUGAGAAGUUAUUUUAUCGAGUUAUUGCUGAUCAUGUAGAGACCAUGAUGCCAGUUAUUUAUACUCCAACUGUAGGCCUGGCCUGUCAAAAAUAUGGAAUGAUCUUCAGAAAACCAAGGGGUCUGUAUAUAACUAUUAAUGAUAUAGGUCAUGUUUAUGAUAUAUUAUGUAACUGGCCUAUUGAUCAAGUUAAGGUAAUAGUGGUUACUGAUGGAGAAAGAAUUCUAGGAUUAGGUGAUCUAGGAGCGUAUGGUAUGGGUAUUCCUGUUGGUAAACUAUCAUUAUAUACAGCUCUAGCAGGUGUCUUACCUUACGCUUGUUUACCUAUUACUAUAGAUGUUGGAACUAAUAAUCAGAGUUUAUUAGAUGAUCCACUAUAUAUUGGAUUAAAACAGAAAAGAGAAAGAGGACAAGUCUAUGAUGAUUUGAUAGAAGAAUUUAUGAAAGCUGUAGUUAAAAGAUAUGGUGAAAAUGUUCUGGUACAAUUUGAAGAUUUUGGUAAUAAUAAUGCAUUUAGAUUAUUGGAGAGAUAUAGAGAUAGUUAUUGUACAUUUAAUGAUGAUAUACAAGGAACGGCAGCUGUAGCAGUAGCAGGAAUACUAGCUAGUCUUAAAAUUACCAAGAAAAAACUAUCAGAAAAUGUUUUUGUCUUCCAAGGAGCUGGAGAGGCAUCUAUAGGUAUAGCUAAAUUAUUAGUGAUGGCAUUAAUGAAAUCAGGUUUAAAACAAGAUGAAGCUCAUAAACAAAUCUGGAUGGUGGAUUCUAAAGGACUCAUUGUUAAAAACAGACCAUCAGGAGGUUUAACAGCCCAUAAAGAAGAGUUUGCUCAAGACCAUAAACCAAUAGAUAAACUAGAAGAUGUUAUAGCUACAGUUAAGCCUACAGCCAUUAUAGGAGCUGCAGCCCAACAUGGAGCCUUCAAUGAGAAGAUUUUAGCAGAUAUGGCAAAAUUCAAUGAAAGACCAAUAAUAUUCGCUCUCAGUAAUCCAACUAGUAAAGCUGAAUGUACAGCAGAGGAAGCUUAUAAAAUGACAAAGGGUAAAGCUGUUUUUGCAAGUGGUAGUCCAUUUAAACCAGUAACAAUAGAUGGUAAAACAUUCCACCCAGGACAAGGUAACAAUGCCUAUAUUUUCCCUGCUAUUGGUUUAACGUCUAUAGUAUGUGAUGUUAGAACUAUCACUGAAGAAAUCUUCUUAGAAUCAGCUAAGGUAUUAAGUGAAUUAGUUACAGAUGAAGAUAUAGCUGAAGGCAGGGUAUAUCCACCAUUACCUAAAAUUCGAGAAAUCUCAACAACUAUAGCUAUUAAACUAGCUGAAUUCUCCUAUGAUAAAAAUCUGGCCAAACGUCAUCCACGACCUGAUGAUAUGACAGAAUUUAUCAAAUCACAUCAAUAUAGUACAGAUUAUCAAACAUUUGUACCUAAUUUAUAUGACUGGCCUAAUGUUAAAUCUGGUUUUAGAAUCCACCCCCCCCCCCCCCCAAAAAAAAAUAAAUAUUGGUAA